AUGGGGGUCAAGCUCACGCUCCCGCCGGCGGCACUGAUCUCCCAGGUGGCCAAGCUGGGAUCCCUCCUUGUCCUCCUCCUCCUCGCGCUGCUGCUGCCCGUCUUCCUCAGGGCCGUCGAGGCCUCACCGUUCCAGAGGGCUGGAGCUGAAUCAGUCCGUCCCGACGACCGGACGGCGGUUGUGGGUGAUCGUGUCGUGGUGCCUGCCUUUGUGGCAAGUAAUAUAAUCGAGCUGAAGACGAAGACCAAGGAGGUGGUGCUGAAGGUGCUGAAGAAGUGCCCAUCGACUGCAAGCAUCUUCUUCCUCAGCGCGCUGAACGGCAGCCAACAAGCCGGCGGAGAGGAAAAGGCACCGCAAGAGGAGGAGGAAGAGUGCGACGUCGACAUGGACGGCGACGUGAGGAUGAGUCGGGAGGAGCUAUUUGCCAACACGGAGCGGUUCAUCGGCAACUUCCGCAAAGAGCUCAGCAUGCAGAGACAGUAG